AUGGGAGAUCUAUUGCCAACUGCGGGCACCUUCGCGGUGUUCGAUCCACGGAACCUUCACUGCACUGCGGAGUGGUCUGGAGACAGGAUUGUGGUAGUGGGCUUCACUCCCUACUUCGGCAGCUCCAUGGAUGCGGCGGACGUGGAGUCCUGGACUCUAACAACGAUCGGCCGGGCCAGAUCGACUGGGCUGAUUGGGAACCUGGAUGCGGACGGGGCGUCCACAGGCAGCACCUCCGAAGAGGAUGAGGAUGGCAUCGCCAAGCCGAUUUCAGGCAAGGUCAGCUUUUCUCUGACGGACAUGGUCUCGCGUCACCUGGGCGAUGGGCCUUUGGGCCUUCUUCAACUUCUUUCUUCGAACAUCGAUGUCAAGCUGGAGAUUUGCAAGCUGGCGACUGGAAGAGCGCAGGCCUCGCCUUUUCCUCCGGAGCUGGUGGUUGCUGGACGCGAACUUCUCUUCAGUCGGCUGCGGGAGGCAGGCUCGAUGGCUGAGCUGGACAAGGUCGCCGAGAGACAACCCUUUUACUUGGAGGCGGUGAGUGAGCUGCUUCGCUUGGCGGGGGACCCGGACUGGAGACGGUACACAGCAUCGACCUGGUCUUUCUCGAAGGGGGUUCCUCUGGGAGUGGAUGUUCGGUUGCCACGCACUCCGGCCUUGUUUCCGAGGAAGACCAAGCACCGCAUUUAUGCGGAGGCGGACCGCGUCUUCGAUGGGGAACUGCGUGACAAUUACAUCUCGGCAAGGGAGAGGGCCGAACAGAUUGAGCGACAGUUCGAGCAGGAAGUUGAGAUGGGAGCCAUGGUACGCUGUGAUCUGGAGCAGGCCCGGGCCGAGUACGGAGACGAGCUGUUCAUUGCUUCACUGGGAGCGGUUCCCAAAUCUGACCAAACGGUACGGGUCGUACACGAUGCUACGCAUGGGCUACAUGUGAACGACCGGAUAAGGGUCCGAGAUGCACAGACUUAUCCGACGGGGGCGGACCUCAAGGUUGCGCUCGAGCAGCUUCCGGGGGCCUACUUCUCCCUUUCGGGGGAUAUCGCCCGAGCUCACAGGUUAGUCAGGGUGCGGCGCCAGGAUUGGUGCCGUCAGGCAUCCGCAGCCACCUCCAUGAUUUUCCUAAACACGGUGGGAACGUUUGGGCUGGCUUCAGCAAGCUACUGGUGGUUCCGCCUCAUGUCCGGUUUAGGGCGGCUCCUGUACUACAGUCACGGACGUGAUGCCACCACGCUGCUGUCCUAUGUGGACGACUUGAUCUGGCUAACUCAAUCGCCCUUCGGGUUGAUACGCAUCCUGGCUUCGAUUUUCUUGCUGGAGAUCCUGGGCAUGCCAUUCGCCUGGAGAAAGUUCCGCGGAGGCACUGAACAUUCAUGGAUAGGCUUUUCGGUCUUUGCUUUCGAGAGACGCUUGGGCAUUUCACAGUCGAGGGCUGAUUGGUUGAUUGGCUGGAUUAGGCGGACCAGAGCCGAAGGGAGAGUCCGCGUAGCAGACUUGUCGGCUGUGGUGGGGAGACUGUCGUUCACCUUCACGUUGCUGCCACUUUUCAGGCCUUUCUUGGGUCCUCUUUACGCAUGGACCUGUGCCGUGAAUCACUGUCAUGUGCUCAGACUUCCGAAAGCAGUUUCGGUCAUUCUUGCCUUCUUGGAGCUGCUUCUGAUGAAGGGGCAUAGAACCAUUGCCGUGCACCGAGAGGCUAGGCCUUCAGUGGAGUUCUUCAGGACUGACGCUAAGGCGGAGGGCAGCGCGAUGGUCAUUGCUGGUUGGGCCUGUUUUGAUGCCUCUGAUCCCCGGAAAUGUCGCUGGUUUUCGGAAGAGUUGACGCAUCUUGAGGCUCCGCAUUUCUUUAUGUCAGGGGAACCGUAUCGGGCCAUCGCAUCAUUGGAGCUCCUUGCCACGCUAGUUGCGAUCCUUCUUUUCGAGCCGGGCGAGGGUUCCUCUGGGAGCUUCAGCUGCUCAGCUGGAACGGAUAACAUGGGUAAGUCUCAUCUCACUUCGCGCUGGCUCACGACAUCUUUUCCACUGGUGGCUGCGCUGAUGGAACUGGCUAUCGUGCUUCAUAGCAGAUCCCUUGACCUCAGCCUGCACUGGCUGCCAAGACUGCAAAAUACCUUGGCGGACAGCCUGACCAAUGGGGACUCCAAAGAUUUCGAUCCGAAGUUGAGGCUGCGCUUUUCUCUUGCGAGCUAUCAGGGCCUUAUCUUGAAAGAAAUGCUGGAGGCAGGCUCUGACCUCUACGGCGAGUUGGCUGGCAUGGGAUCCAGGAAGAGGGCGGCAGUGAGCAAGGCCCCGAAGGCUUCCAAGCUUCGGAAUACAGAUCCAUGGAAGUAG